GCACGAAUGUAAGUAACCAUGGAAACGCAAGAGGCUGAACUUUUGCUCUGUGGGAGUUGAGCAUCAGAGUCAUUUCGUCGGAGGAGGAGGAGCAGGAGGAGUUCAGACAGAUGUGAAUAACGGCGCAUAUGUUCGCCGCCUAAUUUGGUUUUCUGGGCGUGGAGCCGCUGUUCUGGGGGGUGGGUUGGAAAAUCCAGCCAGAGGGCUGAAGAGUUACAAUCUGCAUCUUUCUACCUCUGCUUGCUCUGGAGAACAGAGACCAGCGUCAGGGAAAAAGCUUACCAUCUUGCUGAAGGUUGGCAGUGAAAGUCUGCUUCAGGAAGAAAACCUUUGGAUAAAUCUCACCAUGCCUGUCGUCCUGAAAUCCAGUCCUCUGCUCUGGACGCGGCUGGCUGCGCUGGUCUUCACCUGUGUGGCCUUCUCUUUGGGUUUGCAUGGGGCCAAACUCUACCUCCGCACUGGAGACUUUUGCAUCUUCUGCUGGGCCUUCAGCUUCGCCGGGACUCUUCUCGUCAUCCUGGUGGAGCUUUUCGGCCUGCAGACUAGAGCCCCCGUUUCCUGGAAGAACUUCCCCAUCACCUUUGCGUGCUACGCCGCCCUGCUCUGCCUGUCGGCCUCCAUCAUCUUUCCCAUCUACUUCCUGAGGGGUUCUGGAGAACAAAGCGAGGUCCGCGACUUCCGCAUCGUGUGCACCGUUUUCUCCUGCCUGGCCACCAUUGCCUACAUGAGUGAGGUCAUCCUCACCAAGGCUCGGCCGGGCGAGGUCGCCGGCUACAUGGCCACCGCUCCGGGACUGCUCAAAGUCCUGGAAACCUUCGUGGCCUGCGUCAUCUUCGUCUUCAUCAGCGAACCCGUUUUGUACGACCGUCACCAUUCGGUGAAGUACUGCAUGUCGGUGUACUGCAUCUGCUUCAUCCUGACUGCGGUCAUCAUCCUGCUCUGCAUCGGCGAGUGCACCGGGUUCCUCCCUUUUCCAUUCGCCCGCUUCCUGUCCGCCUACUCACUGCUGGCUGUCGUCCUCUAUCUGUCAGCAACCAUCAUCUGGCCGAUCUUCAACUUUGACCCCCAUAAUGGCGGCCAGAAACAGAGACCAUACAACUGCAGCAGCGCGGUUGGCUUGUGCACCUGGGACAAGUGCCUGGCGGUGGCCGUGCUCACCGGGGUCAACUUUAUCCUCUACCUGGCCGACCUUAUCUACUCCACCCGCCUGGUGUUUGUCAGCGCCUGAUUGUAGGAGAAGGAAGUUGAGCUGAAAGUUACGAUGGCAUAUUAGGACCACGUAGAUAGACAAUAACAGAGGAGUAAAUUUCUGCCAAAACACUCAGAAAUUUUCUAGAAAAACUUGGAAAUUUCUGAGUUUGGAAAGUUACAAUUUUGCUAUGCGAAACUGAAAUUUUGAGAUUAAUCUCAGAAAUUCUUCAGAAAAAACGUGGAAAUUUCUGCCUUUGAAAAGUCAAAUAU